UCAGUCUCUAAAAUCUGUUUGAAGCCAAUACACAGGUAAAACUUUAUAAUAAUUUUUGGCUCUUAAAAGUAUUUGUCGAAACGAGUAAAACAAACCCCGGAACCAACAGAAAGUUGUUGAUCUUUUUUUUGUACAAAAGUUUGCCCUGACUGUUCGUGAGAAUGGAUCGCGUUUUCGGAAAUGUUGAGAACAAGCUGAAGAGCAUGAUGAAGAUGGAGAGCAAGGGAAUGGCCCUGAAGCUGGUGGGAUUCUACGCCGUUGGCUAUACCCUGCGCAAGUUAAUCAAGUAGAUGGCCAAAGUUGCAGUGAAUGCCGUCCCCAAGCCCAGAUGUUCGUCCGUUUUGUGCCAGUCUUUGGCUCACAUUUAAAAAUUCAAUGUUCAAAUCGUUUGAGGGAUAAUAAAUUAUGAUCUCACCUCCAAA